AUAUACCAUACAUAAUAUAAUAUUUACAAGUCAAAAGACACGAACGGGUGAAACGAGUACAAACUGGAGAAUAAGUGGACUAGAAACGAUGUCACUCGAAUUCAUUCUCACUCUAAUAGCUAGUGAUCAUAUACAAAACGAAUCGUAAACGUGUAAAAAGUUUCAUAGUUCAGGUGUGGCUGUAAUUAUCCAAAACAUAAGAGACUUUUUCGUAAUUUUUCGUAACGUAACAAGAAUUGUCUCUAAUUUGCUCUGUUUUUUGCUUCUUCUUCCCGGAAACUUCCUGUAACCUUCUUCCACAAAACUCAACUACAAGAAUGUCAUUUUCAUUCAACAAGUGGUCCGUACAGACUAGUAGUACUACCUUAGAAAAAUAAAUAAAAUUGUAUGACUCAAUCUUCUAGAAGUUUGCAAGAAAUAAUCUCCUCCUCCUCCUCUGCAUAUAUAUAUAUACAUAUACAUCAAGAAUUACACACAAUCAAAACACAAACAUAUAUAUACAUAUACAUAAAAAAAUGUCUCCUCUGAGUAAAAUUCAGCUGCACCAGAUAUUCAACAAGCUAGACAAAAACGGCGACGGUCUAGUAUGCACAGACGAGCUGAUGUGGCUGCUCGAGAGAAUCGGAGUCCGGACGAACCGGGUCGAGCUCGAACGGUUCGUGGGCGAGGAGGCUCUCAACGCCGUUGAUUUUCUCUUCUUCUACGAAGCUCUGACGAUCGGCGGCGGGGGCAGUUUGGUCAGAGAAAAAUACGAUCUUGAAACGAGAGAUGAGGUGCUGGAGAUGGAUCUUCGAAGGGCUUUCAGGGUUUUCGAUUUGAACGGCGACGGUUACAUUUCCGGCGACGAGCUCCGGGUUGCGCUGUCCGGAUUGGGGCUGUGGGAUGAGGAUUGCGGCGCGGAUUGCGAGGCUAUGAUUGCGGCGUACGAUAGCAACUCCGAUGGGUUUCUUGAUUUCCACGAGUUUAAGGAUAUGAUGUUGUUUGAUUCCUUGGCUUCUCCGUGAAAAGCUAUUCUUUUUUUUUUUUUCUUUUUUUUAUUUAUUUAUUUUGUGUGUGUGUGUGUGUUUUUGUGAAUACAAUACAGUAUAAAUAAUACUUAUGUGGUGUUUGCGAACGUUUUUCUAGAGUGAUUAUGAGCUUUUUAAUAAUUAAAAAAAUUGAUUUUGAAGAAAAAAAUUUCAUAAUCACUUUGGAAAAGCGUUUGCAAACAUCAUCUUACUAGUAUGUUGUUAGAUUUUGAAAUAAUAAUGUUAAGAAAGUUGAUUUA